AUGCGCGUCGGUUUCUAUGCCCUACUUUUUGCCUCGGCUGCACUCUUGGCGUCCACUGCUCCGCUUCCGAACCCCCCGAUGACCCCAGCGCAACACUAUGCACAGGCAAUACACCACGAGGGCCUGGCACGACACCAUACGACGGUAGCAGAGGACCACCGACAAACUGCCAACCUUCACGACAACAGAAUCAAGGCCGCAAAGGCUAGGUAUAACGCGGGCUUAGACCCAAAUGGACUAACGAGUGCUCAGAAUCACCAGAUCGAGCGUGAUCAUCAUCUGAGUCUGGCGGCUCAAGCUGAACGCCACGCUGCUACGCACAACAGAGAGGCAGCCUACCAUAGACUGCACACUCAAACACCCGCCCCUGGCACCAAGCGGAGCAUAGAGGAGCUGGAUUAG